CCCGCCUACUGGGGCGGGGCCUGCCCGGAGCCAGGAGGGCCCGCACCGGCCUCCGCGUCGCAGCUGCUGCGGAGCCGGCACCAGGCACCUCCAGAGCCAAGAUGGUAACCUGCGGCCUCCUGACAAGUAGCAACAAGCCAGUGCCGCUGCGCCGUGUUGCGGUGGACGCGUGCAUCCAGAGCUUCGUGGCCGACGUGAGCUCCGAGCUGCUGUACAAGAAUGAGGAAUCGGACCCUGUGGAGGCUAUCUUCACCUUCCCCAUGGAUGCCGACUCGGCUGUCUAUGCCUUCCAGGCCCGCAUCCAAGACACCAUCAUCAAGGCCCAGAUCCAAGACAAGAAGGAGGCCCAGGAGAUAUAUGAGGAUGCGCUGGCCAGUGGCCAGAGCUCAUUCCUGCUGGAGCAGAUGUCUGGGGGGGACGUGUUCAGCUGCUCCCUCGGGAACCUGCCCCCAGGGGAAGAGGCAGUGCUGUCACUGCGUUACGUCCAGGAGCUGCCCCUUGAGGCUGACGGGGCCACGCGCUUUGUCUUGCCAGCUGUGUUGCAUCCCCGCUACGCACCACAGGGAUGGGAAGAGGAGAAUGUCACCGCAGGUGUCUCAUAUGUGGCCAAGGGAGAACUGCCCUAUACCCUGAGCCUGAGCGUCAGCCUGCAGUCACCCCACGGUAUUGCCCGUGUCCACUCCAACUGCAGCCUCACCCCCUUGAACUACACAGCGCAGGACCAGACUGCUGCCCAGGUGUCACUGGCCCAGUCUGCCCCGCACGACCGGGAUGUGGAGCUGCUGGUCUACUAUGCCAGGGCUCACAAGCCCAGUGCCAUGCUGGAGCCCAGGAUGCCUUCUGCACAGGCAGGCACCCUGAUGGGUGACCCCGUUGCAAUGGUGACCUUGCUGCCCAACAUCCCUGAGGCAGCGCUGGGCCAGAGCCAGGCCGGGGAGUUCAUCUUCCUGCUUGAUCGCUCUGGCAGCAUGGGUUGUCCCAUGGAUAGCAGCACCGGCCAUCCACUGCGCAUCGACAGUGCCAAGGAUACCCUGGUCCUGCUUUUGAAGAGUUUGCCCUUGGGCUGUUACUUCAACAUCUACAGCUUUGGAUCGAACUUCGAGUCCUUUUACCCACAGAGUGUGGAGUACACCCAGCGCACCAUGGCUGACUCCCUGAAGCGCGUCCAGUCCUUCCAGGCAGAUCUGGGAGGCACUGAGAUCCUGCGGCCACUACAAGCCAUUUAUGGCAGCCCUUGCCGGGAUGGGCACCCUCGCCAGAUCUUUGUUUUCACUGAUGGGGAGGUGGGCAACACACAGGAGGUCAUCGCUGAAGUCCAGCGUCAUCACAGGUCGCACAGGUGCUUUUCGUUUGGCAUUGGACAAGGGGCUUCCACAGCUCUGAUCAAAGGCAUCGCCAAGGCAGGCGGGGGCGUCGCUGAGUUCAUCACUGGCCAGGACCGCAUGGCCGCCAAGGUCCUACGGUCUCUGAAGUGGGCCCUACAGCCAGCAGUUACCGGGAUCUCUCUGAGCUGGGAGCUGCCCCCUGGGAUGGAGGCAGUACCAUUGAGGCCAGACCCAAAGGUGAUCUUCCAGGGACAGCGCCUCCUCGUCUAUUCCCAGCUCCGUGGACAGCCACAGGCCCCAGAGUCCUCUGUGGGAAGUGUCACGCUGCAGUAUACCAUUAAAGAUGAGACCUUCAAGGACACGGUGCAGUUUCCCCUGCAGCCACAGGAAGGAGACAGGUUGCCCAUUCACCGCCUGGCAGCCAAGGCCCUGCUGCAGGAGCUGGAGCCAGGGCUACCAUCUGGCUCAGAGGAGAGCCGUCACCGGGCACUAGAAGCAAGUUUGAGCUCAGGAGUGGUGUGCUCCCUCACAGCCUACGUUGGGGUUGACACCAGACAGGGGCGGCCGGUGCAGGGACCCCUGAGAAGAUGCCCCAUCCCACUGGCAGGCUUCCCACCCAUCCCACGCGUCAUGAAAGACUACUCUAGCAUUGAUAGCUGCACCUAUAAGGCAGUGAAGUUGGACCAUCACAGGAGAUACUGGAGUCCCCCACACUGUUCUGCCCUAGAAAAAAUGACCAUGAAACUGGCAAGGUGCGAGAUGCAGACGAUGCCACAGGCAGUGGCACAGGAAGGAGCAUCUCCCCUGAUAAAGCUGGUCUCCCUUCAGAACGCCAAUGGCUCGUGGGGCCUUGACUCUGCCCUGGCUUCUGCGCUUGGAGUGAGUGAAACAGAUGUCAAGGGCAAAAUGCCCAGUGAGGGUGUGGAGCCCGGGGUCUGGGCGACGGUGCUGGCUGUGGUCUGGCUGCAUAGCCGCAGUGCAGCGCAGCGCGAGGAGUGGGAGCUGCUGGAGAUCAAGGCCGUGGGCUGGCUGCGCAGUCGAGCUGGAUCCAUCUCCCAGCUGGACAAGUGCCUGGAGGCAGCCAAUGCCCUGCUGGGCUGCUCCGUGGCUGCCCCUGUCUUUGGGCUCUGAGACUCUGCUUCUCCACCCUGUGCUUCGCCCCCCAGACUCCAAGACCUGCAAGGGAACAGACCUGCACCGCCCCCAGCUACAAUAGCAGACCAAGUCAGAAACAUCUGCUGCCAGCUGCUUGACAGAUCUGGCAGCCAGCUCCGCUCCCAGCCAAACCGCUGCUUAGUAAAUUCUGCCUUGCUUCAA